CUCCCUGUGAUUGACGACUAUCAAUCAGCGUGAGACCUUUCCCCUCCCAUCCCUGUUGUCCAUCAUAUUAAUGUGCGCACUCCCAGCUUGGUUCCAUUUGAGGUUUCACCUGUUGUCUUUCACACUGGUAUGGACUGCAGUGCUUAUGAGAUGGACCCCCUGGAGGUUCCCCCGCUUACCCCGACGAGUAAGGAGGUUCUAUGCCAGGCUCUGAGAGCCAGUUUUGCCGGGUUCACCCAAGAGAGGCUCACCCAUCAGUUCCCGCAAGGUGAAACGGCCCCCUUAACACCGUACGCCCAGAUUUGUGAGUACUCCCUUCCUCCAGAUCCGACUUUGUGGUCCGAGUGGGAGGUAAACCAUUGGCUGGACUGGUGUCGGGCAGAGUUCGGGCUGCACUCGUCGGGCUCUGACUUGAAGGGCCUUCGGGGUCACGAGCUGUGCCGGCUGGACCGCGAGACUUUCCUCGCUCUAAUGUCCGACUGCACUGCUGGAGAGAUCUUGUGGGAACACCUGGAGAUCAUGCGACGGGAUAAUGAUCGUGAAUGCGGUACCGGACUAGGGAUGGGCUCCGUGUUAUCUCCCUGCCAGCGGACACGGAGUCACGAGAGCAGCCCCGAUGCUGACGUAUCUCCUACCGCCUCACUGAUGUGGACCGGUGGUGUCCACGAUAUGGAAUCCACGGUGGAUGAGAACCAAUGCGGGGAUGUCUUUUCAUUGGCUCAGCCGUACAAAAGCUUCAAAGAGUACGUCGGUAGUAAAGCAGACUCCAGCUCGGCCGUUAUCCCCGCGGCGGUGCUAGCCGGCUACACCGGAAGCGGUCCUAUCCAGCUGUGGCAGUUUUUACUGGAGCUCCUGACGGACCGCAGUUGCCAGUCGUGCAUCAGCUGGACCGGAGACGGCUGGGAGUUCAAGCUAACCGACCCGGAUGAGGUGGCGCUGCUGUGGGGUCGUCGGAAGCACAAACCCAAGAUGAACUACGAGAAACUUAGCCGCGGGUUGCGCUACUACUACGACAAGAACAUCAUCCGCAAGACGGUGGGCAAGCGCUACGUCUACCGUUUUGUCUGCAACCUGCAAGGGCUGCUGGGAUACGAGCCCGGGGAGCUGCACGCCAUGUUGGACAUCGGAGUCUCCAACUAAGAGGGUGUAAAUAAAGACUCGUAAUCCGGCGGCGGGUCUGAGAAAGUCCUUUUUGCGGCAAGAUUUUCGCCCGCGGGACCUCGACUUUGCCACCAAAUACUUUUAAACAAGACCUGAUUUCUGCCGUGAAAUCGGAGGUUGAUUUAAUUUUACAAGUCAGUGAACAAGGCGUCGCACAGCGUGUGAGUGUGCGAGGAUUACUUCUGCCACUUUCCUUAAUGGAAGCGGGGAAGAAGGGGGUCUUUGUCCUCUGGAUCAAAUGUUAAGUGUGUGCUGGCCUUGAAAAAAAUGGCGUCGGUGUCAACAAAAAAAGUGACCAAUCCUCUCCGCGAAAAACAGAAAUCACGUAAAUAGAAGCUAACAGUGUCUCACUGUUCACUGAACGCCGCCUUCAUGGUUCACGAGUACCUUGUAUCGCCUACUGAUUUAAAAAUGUUUAUUCACAUGGCUUAGUCAUACAAAUGGAUUGAGGGAAGACCCAUUCUCGGCCCACGGACUGUCUUUUUAUUAUAUUCGGUAGCAUUUACACAAUGAGGAUCGGAACCAAGACAUGAUUUACCAUGAGAAUAUGCGGCACUAUCAUUUAGGCUUGCAUUUCUCCCACUGUUCUGGCGUGAGGGUUUUCUGUUCCAGUGCGUGGAUGUCUUUCAGUUCCUCCUCUAAGCAGGUGUUGACCAUCCUGAGAAUGACAAACACACAGUGUUAAUGUGACAUGACCCUAAUUAAA